UUCCUUGCCUUGGGUUCUGUUCAUCGUUGUAUGGUUAUGGAUGAAAAAGCAGCUGGUUUGGGACAUGUUCAGUCAGUACUUGACAGCAAACUGACCGAGAUGAAAGAAUCCGUGAAAAAACUACGGGAUGAAUUGAACGCCAAGGAAGCGGUACUGGAGGAAGUGCUUCGAUCCGCGAAUCGAAUUCCCAGGCAUCCCUGUAACACCGCCUGCAUUGCUAAUGUGCUGAAUUCACGGAUAAAACAGGCAGAUAAUGUGCUGAAAGGUUUUCACUGUGAGACCGCAUGGAAGAUACUAUUCCAGGAGCAUAUUUGCCUUGCUGUCGAUGUCACUAAUGAUACUUCACAGACUGUAUUGCCUGUUAGUGCGGCAUUUUGCAAUCGUGAUGUAUCGGACACGGUAGUAGUUGCUUUUGAUGGUUUCAAAGCAUCACAAUAUAUACCGUAUGUGUUUUUUUUAGUUUUCAUAGUUUAUGCAUAUGUUUGA